AUGGCAUACGUAUUUCGCGCUAUCGAUAACUUCCGAAAUGGUGUUUCGAAACAAACAUGUUCACGAGGCCCACUAACACAAAACGAGAUGAUCAAAGCCGAAAGUUAUUUGUAUCGUGUAGCGCAAAACAGCAAAUUUUCCGACGAGAUUGCAAUCCUGGCGUCGAACAAUGUUCCUGAUAAACCGAAGCAACAAAUCCGUAAGAGCAGCCCCUUAUUCCAUCUCUGUCCGUAUCUCGAUAGCAAUGGGCUAUUACGAGUUAGAGGGCGAACAAAAGCUUGCGAGUUCAUCGAUUUUCAUACAGCCAAUCCAAUCAUCCUUCCUCGCGAUCACUAUCUGACCAAGCUAGUAGUUGCGAGCAUUCAUGAGGAAUAUAAACAUCAAAAUCAUGAAACGACGAUGAAUGAGAUCCGACAGCGCUUUUACAUUUCCCGUUUAAAAUCGGUGUACCGAUCGAUGCGAAAUGAUUGUCAGCGUUGCAAAAUUGAUCGAGCUUCCCCUCAACCCCCACUGAUGAGUGAUUUGCCGGUAGCAAGACUUGCUGCAUUUAGUCGUCCGUUUACACAUAUGGGUGUGGACUAUUCCGGUCCAAUGCUGGUGUUAGUUGGACGGCGAACCGAAAAACGUUGGGGAGUACUGGCAACGUGCCUUACAACCCGCGCCAUCCAUUUGGAAGUUGCCUGUUCGCUGACGACCGACUCGUGCAUUCUAUCUAUCCGCAACAUCAUGGCUCGCAGAGGAACUCCAUCGGCUAUUUAUAGUGAUAGAGGAACAAAUUUUCAAGGAGCCAGCAAAGACCUGAAAGAAGCGAUGAAGAAACUGGACCAAGAUAAGUUGACGGCCGAAUUCACCACUCCAAGAACCCAAUGGAGAUUCAUCACACCAGCCUCUCCUCAUAUGGGAGGAGCCUGGGAAAGGCUAGUGAGAACAGUCAAACAGAACUUAAUGAAGUUGAAGACUAACAGGUUACCCACAGAUGAGGUGUUACGAAACUUAUUUAUCGAAGUCGAAAACAUAGUCAAUUCACGACCUCUUACAGCAAUCCCACUGGAUGAUGAUGAAUCUCCAGUAUUAACUCCAAAUCACUUUUUAAUUGGAUCUUCAAACGGCUUGCGAUCCUGGGUCCCCUUCGAUGACAAUCCAUCCUCGUUAAAACAGAACUGGCGACUUUCUCAAGAAAUAGCUAAUGCGUUUUGGAAAUCAUGGCUUCGUGACUACCUUCCUGAAUUGACAAGAAGAACUAAAUGGUUCACUGAAACCAAACCACUGGAAGUCAAUGACAUCGUAGUGAUUUCUGAUAAUAAUCUUCCGCGCAACUGUUGGCCCAAGGGACGAAUAAUUUCAACGAAGGUAGCAGCUGACGGUCAAGUCAGACAGGCAACAGUUCAAACCAGCACAGGAAUAUAUGAGAGACCCGCAGUUAAACUUGCAGUUAUCGACGUACGCGUAGGAAGUAAUACGUCUCCGUAA